CGGAUGUUUGUUAUGAUCAGUACUAGUCAUGCAGGCGGCGGCAGUGGUUGUGGGACGCCUGGGGUUGUCCUCCACACCACUGCUCGCCACUCGACGCCUCACAAGGAUGGCAGACACACUCAGUCGCCCUAGCUCAGACCUGGCCAAGUUCCGAGAGGUGUAUAAGAAAGCUAAGCACGUGGUAGUGUUGACGGGAGCUGGAGUGUCAGCAGAGUCUGGAGUCCCAACUUUCCGUGGUGAUGGAGGCUUGUGGAGAACAUGGAGGGCACAGGACUUGGCAAGCCCCUCUGCUUUUGCACGUGAUCCUUCUCUUGUGUGGGAAUUUUACCACUACCGCAGGGAACUUAUGGCCACCAAGCACCCUAACCCUGCUCACUUGGCCAUCGCCGAGGCAGAGCAGCGGUUGACAGCAGAGGGCCGGCGCCUUGUGGUGAUCACCCAGAACAUUGAUGAGCUGCAUAAGAAGGCAGGAUCAAAAGAAGUCCUCGAAUUGCACGGGUCUCUUUUCCGGACUGAAUGUACUAAGUGUCAAGAAAUCCGGCCCAACACUGACAGCCCCAUAUGUGCAUCACUGGCUGGGAAAGGUGCCCCAGACCCCAAUGCAGUGAAUGCAAGGAUUCCAGAGUCUGAAUUGCCUCGUUGCCAGAAGUGUUCUGGACUGCUGCGCCCCAAUGUGGUGUGGUUUGGUGAAGGUCUCGAUAAUAAUGUGCUGCAGAAGGCUGGUGAUGAGCUUGACACCUGUGACCUGUGUCUGGUAGUGGGGACCUCAUCUGUGGUGUACCCAGCGGCCAUGUUUGCCCCCCAGGUGGCCGCACGAGGAGUGCCGGUUGCCGAGUUCAACGUGGAGACAACCCCUGCCACUCUUAGUUUUGGGUUUCACUUUGAGGGUCCCUGCGGGUCCACACUGCCAGCAGCACUCGCUCCCUAACCCUCCUUUGGUUUGGGUCACUGUAAUUGGAGGAUGGUGGUGAAUAUCAAGAUAGCAAGCAGCAGCCAUAGCAAAUGGCAGAUUACUUAAAAUUGAUGGUGAUUUAGAGAAUCUAAAACAUUGUGAUAUUUAGUUAUUGAGCUCUUUAAAAGCACUAAAUAUAUCUUUAAAAACAAAUUACA